GGCGACGGCGGCGUUGACGGGAGCGGCUGGACGCCGGCAGUUGCUGAGGAUGGUGAUGGUGUUCUUGUUGUUGUCGUCUGUCUCCGGCUGUUGACGGCGGCUCUGCAUCUGCUGACCCUCACCCUCCAGAAUGGAACCAGUGCUCAAUUCCAAGUUCACAUUUUUAGAGUCACAUGAGAUUGUGAGUGAUGAUCAAGAGAUUCCUACGGCGGAGGAUUUUUCUGACAUUAGAAAGGAUUUGAUUGAUGAACUUUGCAGGGAAGAAAGUUCAAGUACAUCACACUUGGUUCCUGAACGAAAUUCUUCAGCUACAAAGGACCAUAUGAGUGUUUAUCUUCGUAUUAGACCUUUUACAGAAGCUGAAAUUGCACAAAAUGAAUCUCAGGACUGCGUGUUUAUAGAAAACUCAACUAGUGUGAUUCUAAAAGCACCACAAAGUUCCUUAAGUUCCAGAUGCAGUGAUCGAGGAUUUGGCCAGAUGGCUCAGCGCUUUAGAUUUUCCCACGUUUAUGGGCCAGAAACCAAACAAAGAGAAAUAUUUGGAGCAGUUAAACCCUUUAUUGAGGAAGUUCUGAAUGGACAGAACUGUUUAAUUUUCACUUAUGGUGUUACCAAUUCAGGGAAAACCUACACGUUUCAAGGACCAGACCGUGAUGUGGGUAUCAUACCAAGGGCGAUGAGUCUUCUAUUUAAGAGUAUUGAAGGAAAAGUUUAUCAAAAUAUGAAUAUUAAACCACAGAGAAGUGUGGACUUCAGUAAAUUAACAGACAUACAAGUGAAAGAGGAGGAAACAUUGAAGAAAUCAGUACUUCACCUAUUAAAUGAGAGUGACCAGUGCAAUGGGAGCAAUCACCACAGUUCACUAGAUGCUACAGAAGCAGGAGAGUCACUGAAGUCACUUAGUAUAGAUUAUGGUGAAGAAUUAAAGUGUUCUGAAGAAGUUGCUGUGCGUGCUCCAGAAAGGUUCAGAUUUUCGAUCUGGGUUUCAUUUUGUGAAAUAUACAAUGAAACGCUUUAUGAUUUACUUGAUCCAGUACCAUGUAAAUAUCAGAAAAGAAACAUACUUCGGCUUGUGCAAGAUGCAAAAGGCAACACUUAUGUGAAAGAUCUAAAAUGGAUUCAAGUUUCCAAUGCAGAAGAAGCAUGCAUGAUACUGAAACAAGGGAGAAAACAACAAAGUAUUGCUUCUACAAAAGUCAAUCAUCUUUCAAGUAGAAGCCACUGUACUUUUUCAAUAAGAAUCUUGCACAUGGAAGCAGAUGGCCUUCGGGUUGCCCGAGUCAGUGAGUUGUCUCUUUGCGAUCUUGCGGGAUCAGAACGGAAUGCAAAAACAAAGAAUGAAGGUGACAGGUUGAAAGAAGCUGGAAACAUUAAUACCUCUUUGCUGAUUCUUGGAAAAUGCAUUAAUGCAUUGAGACAUAACCAAAUUUCAAAGACGCACAGCCAUGUUCCAUUCAGAGAGAGUAAGCUUACUCGCUAUUUCCAAGGGUAUUUCUCUGGGAGAGGAAAAGUUUGCAUGAUUGUUAAUAUCAGCCAAUGUGCUUCUAUGUAUGAAGAGACACUUAAUGUCCUAAAAUUCUCUGCUGUUGCACAGAAGAUUCUGCUUGAUUGUUCAAAAUUUUUUCCUGUCCAUUUGGUUUCAAAACGAUCAGCCAGAGCUCUUUCACUGAUUAUCAAUAACGCAGAAACUGAAUCCUCCUUGGUGAAAAGAGAAACAAUUUCUUGGGAUGCUAGUCUUGAGGAUGUAGUUGAAAUGGAGGAAGGUGAUUCAGAGGCAAUCGAUCUAACUGAUGUAAAGCAGAUGGAAGAGGAGGAGGAGGAAGAGGAGGAAGAAGAAGAAGAAGAGAAUAUAGUAAUAGGAAAAAGCAAUUAUGAGAAAUUGCUGAUUUAUAUACAAGAUCUGAAAAACAAGAUUGUUGAGGAAAAAAAAGAAAAGGUGAUCAUGGAAAACAAAAUCCGUGAAGAAGUUUGCCAAGAAAUGGAAAAAUACAUGUCUCAGUUUGAAAAUGCUUUCAGGGAACGUGCAAAGGAAGAUAGUAGAUUAACAGAAGAUAGAAUUGAAAAACGCAACGAUAUAUUUCAAACUUUAGUCAAAACAUAUGUUGCUAUUGACCAAAAUGAGAAUUCUAUUUCUGAAGAAUGUAUUGAACCAGAAAUCAGUCAGUUGUCCAAUCCACCAAAUUUAUCAAAAUAUGAGAGUCUGGUUAAUACUAAUGUUAUGGGAUACAUCAAAUCCUUGGAGCCAGAUGUUGCUGAAAUCAAGAAGCAAGCUGAAAUAAUCCAACACCAUCUGGUAUCUGCUCCGGAUCCUCAGGAGACUAUUGCACAACUGGAAGCUCGUUUAGCUUGUGUCAUUCAAGAGCUUAACGAAACAAAUGAAGUAUUGAAUAAGAACACUGCUGAAUUGGAGACAUAUAAAAAAACUGAAGUUGAGAGAAAAUCAAAUGAAGCGCAUAAGGAAAUGGAGAUCAAAAAGUUGAUGAAUGAAUUGAUUCUCAAGGAUGCUGAUUUGAAUAAAGUGAAAAACCUGCUUGCAAUUUAUGAAGAAAGAAUGGACGAAUAUAGUAAAACUAUGGAAAGCAUUCAAGGAAUGUUGGAAACAUAUAGUAGAACUGAAGUUCCGAACAAUACGCUUAUGGAAAAUCCUUCAACAAACAGCAAAUGUACUUAUGAGAGUUAUCAACAGGAAGAUGAGCCACCUUCCAAGAAAGGUUCAUUAAACAAAGAGCUAUACAAAUGCACAAGCAUGAAAACUCUUGAACAGAAAGUUGAAGGUAUGAGAAAUGAAUUAACUGCUAAAGAGCGAGCAGUGAUAACAUUACAUGAAGAAAUACAAAACUUAAAGGAUCAGUUAAUUUUAGCCCAAGAAAAUCUCAACAAUGACAAAAGCUUAAAUGAAGAAUUGAAUCAAUGUGUUGAAAGGCUUCGGUUGGAUCUAACUACUUCAGCUGAGACGAUUCACAAACUAACAGAACAGAUUGAAAACGAAAAUUCAAAUUGUGAAAAGUUAGGACUUGAGCUUAAGUUUGAGAAGGAAUUAAAUAUGCAACAGUCACAAAAAAUUAAACAGCUCCAGACAGAGAUCGAAUUGUGUAGGAAGGAAGUUACACAGAGAGAAGUACAGAAUAAAACACUGGAAGAUAAAAUUGACACACUAAGAAAUUUCCAGAAGAAAUCUGAAUUGAGUACUGCAGAACUGAAAUGUACCAAGGAUCUCCUGCAAAAUGAAAAGAAAGAAUCUCUGAAAAAAAUGACAGAAAUUGAAUCUCUACGGAAACAAUUAUCUAUUCUUGCUGACGAAUUAGAUGAGGCAAAAGCUGUGGUGCAAAGACGAGACAGUGGUCCAUCCCGUAAGACAAUUGAAAAGCUGCAGAAGGAAUGCGAGGUUAUAGUUAAAUUGUCAUCACAAAAAAGCCAGCAAAUCCAAGAUUUGAAUGAAGAGCUGAAGUCCCUGAAGAAGCAAAAGGCAGACCUGCAGGCCACAUGUACUGAACUGAAAGUAAAUGAAACUACAACUCAGAAUUUGCUUCAGGAAAAGGAUGUCGAACUUAAAGAAUUCAAAGCAAAUUUUAAAGAGACUGAAAACAAGAUGCAAGCUCUAAUGCAGAAUAAAGGAAAAAUUGUAGAUCUUGAGAAAGAGAUUGAAAAUUAUCGACACAUAAUGGAAGCUCGAGAGUUGGAAAUCUCAAAGAAUAAAGCAAAUCUUACUAGAUUUGAAGAACAAUUGAAAGAGAGGGAGAAAUACAUUGCCAAUCUGCAAAAUAAUUUAAAAUGUAUGGAAAAGAAACUUGUUGACUCCAACAAAUGUGUUGACGAUUUUAAACUAAAUUUAAAAUCUCAAGAAGUUAGAUUUAAGAAAGAGGUCAGAGAGGCGCAAGAUAAUUGGCAUGCUACACAAGAGACUUUAUCUAAAAAGGAAGAAGAACUGGAGAGUAAGCAUCUUGAAUUUAAUAAGCUGAGAAUUGAACUUUCUGAAAAUGCCUCAGAAUGUCAAAGAUUGGCAGUUGACCUGCAGAGGAAAGAUGAAGAGUACAGAGAACUCAAGGAGAAAUAUGUAGAUGUCAAGAAACAAAUGCGACAGAUUGAGGCAGAGAUAUCCUCAAAGCGAGAAGAAGAAAAAUCUCUAAGACAAACAGUGUCUGAACUUGAGAGAAUGAAGAAACAAACUAUUCAAGAGCUUAAUACUAAAGAGCGAAUGGUUCAACAGUAUAAACAGGCGUGCCAAAAUGAGGCUGACUUGAAAAAUAAGGUAGAAAUGUUAAUGACGAACUUAAAUGAGAAAGAGGCUGCUUUAAGAGGACUGGAAAAUCUCUUGGAAGAGAGUAAAACUCAACAUCAAGUGAGGGAACAGCAGGGCUCAAAUGAAGAAAAUAAGGCAAUGCCUGACCCAUGCAACGUACCAGUUGAUAUUAAAGUAGAAGAAACUAUACAUCUUUUGCAGACUACUACCAAAGAACUUCAAGACAAAGAGAGACUAAUUCAAGAUAUGAAAAUUACAUUAACUGAACAAGAACAAACACAAACUGAGCAGGAUGAAUUACUUGAAGCAAAGUUGAAUGAAAUUGAAGAACUUAAUGCAGAAUUAGAAAAAUGGAGGCACCAAGCAAAAAAACUUGAGAAGAAAUGUGAUGCGCUUGAACGCAAUCAUUUAGUAGAAAAUGCACAUCAAGCUGUUAAUACGGAAACAACAGAGUUUCAAGGAGAAAUGGAAGCUUUGAAAAAGCAGGUAGUGGAAAUGGAAGAAAAGCAGACAUGUAAUCGGGAGAAAUGGCUUAAUGAGAAAAUGCUUCUCUUUAAGCAAAUAAAAGAAGCUGAAGGUCAGCGUAAUAAAGAAAUGAGAAAAUGGAUGGAAGAAAGGGAACAUUAUUCUAAAUUGCAGUCAGAGAUGGAAAACCUAAAAUCUGAAAUUGUUAAGAAGGAAAAUGAAAUGCAGAAGUGGCGAGAAGAAAGGGACAGCUUAGUAAAGGAGUUGGAAGUGCAGCUCAGGAGUCUUGUAACCAGCAAUAAACAGAAAGAUGAAGAAAUAAAAAAACUCCGGGCAUCUGAAAAGGAGUGCUCAGUGGAGUCUGAGACUGUCUUCGAUUCUUCAGAAAUUUCAACAGAAAAUGGAGAAAGAUCAAGUAGAUUUCCAAAACCUGAAGUAGAGAUUCAUUUUGCACCUCUUCAGCCGAACAAGUUGUCAGUAAAAGAAUCAAGUGGCAAUUUGAUUAAUGUGAAAAUACCCAGAACCAACAGAAAAAGAAAAAGCUUUGCAAUGGAGGAGAGUGGUAUGCUGUCAGCCUGCUGGAAAAGCAAUUCACCAAAGAAAUCCUCAGCAGCUGGCACUUAUAAGAAUGGUGAUGACUGCGAAAACAGGAAAAAUAUAAUUGUAUCUAGAAUGGGGCACAAUGCAUCUCCCCUUGUUUCUACUCCCACCAAUAUCAGCAUGGCAGAGAAGGAUGCAAAAGGUCCUACUGAUAGGAUAGAAAAGAAUUGCCCAGUCUCAAGUCUCAGGUCACACAAGAAGAAAGAUGGAACAUUGCAGAAAAUCGGAGAUUUAUUGCAAAAUUCUCCAACAACUCUUCAGAGCAAAGCCAAAAAGUUAAUGGAAACAUUAAGUUCUUCCAAGAACCUGGAAGUUGAAGCUACCUGUAACAAUUCAAAACCCAAAAGAGCAAGGCGGAAGCUUUAUAAACAAGAUAUAUCAUCACCUAUGAACUUCCCAUCUCAACCAAUAAUAGAGCUGAACAAUAAGGAAAGUGAUCAUUUAAUCAUGAAAAGACGAUUACGAACAAGAUCUACCAAAGUGACUAAGUGAUCUACAUUGCACAGAAUUUUUAUUUUUAAAAUUGCAAAAAUUUUGCCUGUAUGUUGACCUCUUAUCUGUAAAAAAGAGGUGUAAAUAUGUUUGCUUUGUAUAUGCUGUAAUUUUUACCUUGUAUAACUCAAUAAAUGCAGAGUAAAUGAAUUCUGAAUUAUAACAUCUGAUAAAUAAAAAAUACUGCAAGGAAUGGAGCUUCAACCAGAUAAUUUAAACCAGAUAUUUAAGGAUCUUAUUUUAAAAUGCUGGAGGAACUCAGCAGAACACCUAUGUUGGGAAAUAAACAGUUGAUACUGCGGGCCAAGACCCUUCCGGGAGCGAAUAGCCCCUGCACAAUUUUCAGCCUUGUAAGUUCCCAACUCUCUAUAGUCUAUUUCUACCUUUUACCAAGAUCCACAUACAGGAUUGCCAGACAGCACCAUUGUUUCAACCUACUCUUGCCCCACCAAACUAAUGUUCACUUGCAUUCUCAUCAAAUGCUAUGCAGUCUUUACCUUGAAGUACUGAUUGAGUAAUCAAUGUGCAUUCAGUGAAUUGAGGUAACCGUGCUACCUGUUGUCUCCCACUUAAUUCUCCAUCCCACUCUCAUUCUACUAUCUGUCUGUGGCCUCCACCACUGUUACACCAGGGACUAAUGCACUUUUGAAGAACAGCACUUCAUCUUCUAUCUGGGUAUGUUGGACCUUUCUGGAUCCUUUUUUCUACAACUUAACAUAACUCACUUUUCUUAUCUUUUGGAAAUCGGUUGUCACAAUUCAUUCAAAAUGUUUCUUUUUGUUCUAUCAUCUUCUAACCCAUUUACCAGAGGAGCUCUGCAACCUAUACUCAUAGCAACUGUAGCCUGUGUCUUAUUUAUCUCUCCUCAACACAUUGGUUACAAACUGUCUCAUGCAGCAAUCAAAGUACAGUAUAUGCAAUCUGAUUCAUCAUUUAUUGGCUGAUCAUCUUUCUCCAUUAAAACAGCUAACUUGAUGAUGGAUAGAAGAGUCGGCAGCCUUCCAACUAGAGAGUAUCUUAUCAACAAGGUUGAAAUUCUGCCAUUGUAAUUGGUACCAUUAUUUCUGGAAGAGCUUGUAGGUUUUGUUAUCCAUUGAUAGUAUGGGAGUAGAGACACAACACAGCUGUUUUUCUUUAAAAAUGUAAUAACCAGGACAGUGCACUAUUUUCAGCAUGAUUUUAUCAAAAUUCUGUGUAUAAGAAAUGCUGGUAAUCGCAUAUUACAUCAGGGAUGACUCAAAGACUGUUUCACAUGUCUCCACAGUGCUAGCUUGUUCUGAUCUCUCUUCGUUAACUCCCACUUAAUUAUAUCUUCACUACCGAAGUGCUUAGCCAAGCUCUAUAUUAAAUUGUUUGAUUCCAGCAUUAAUCUUUUUCAAAGAUAAUGCUUCUCUGGAUAAUGUUACAGUAUUUUUUCCUAUUUAAUUGACUAAGGGCAAAAUGAUAAACUUGUGUUAUAGCCUAUUGGAAGAUACAUUUUUUUAUUUUCCAGCAGAAUAAUGAUGCCAAAUAGGGCAGCCAUCAGACUGAAUAGCAACUAUUUCCCUUUUUCUACUGAGGUUUUGCAAGCUUAUUGCUUGCUUUCAAGAUGCACAGGCCAUUCAGUCUAAUCAGUUCAUAGUGGUAUUUAAGCUUGAUACCUUUUCAUCCUUAUUCAUGUGCUUUUUCUGUCUCCCCUUGCGUACAUUUGUACUAUUGCUUCAACUGCUUCCUGUGAGUCCAAGUUGAGGGUAUUCAGCACCUUUUGAGUAGAGUUUCUUUUGAAUUCUCUACCUACCGCAUUUCACUUUUGGUAACUGUCUUAAUUUGGAGGCUACUAGUUAUGCACUUCCCUAAGCAGAAUUACUCUUUGUACCCACAUAAUCAAAAUAAGUCAGCCUUUUCUCAAUAGUAAAGAGAUGUGAUUUGUUCAUACUUUGCUGGUAUUAUAUCUUCAUAUUUCUGGCAUAAACCUUGGAAUCUAAAUUGAACCUUUAAGUCCUUUUUGAAGUUGUCAGAACAAUACAUAUUCUUCAAGUGUGGUUUAUCAAUGCUUAAUACAAAUCUAGCAUGAUUUUGCUACUUUUCAUUCUAGAAAUCUAGAGCUAAAUCUUGUUGCUUGGUUUUCUGCCUUAAAGGCAUUGCUAACCUAUGAUGCAACUUUUAUUGAAGAAUGUCUAUGUACUUCAUGAGCCCUUUUCAAGUAGCCCACUGUCUUCUAAGUAAUAAUUAACCUAUUCUUCCCAUCAAAAUGAACUAUCUUCAUUUUAAUCUUGGGCACACUUUCUUGAAGUAUGUGAUGCAGUACUAAUUGUCACCUUAACCAGGAAAACACUAUUCCAAUUAUGAACGUUUUGAAUUAAUCAAACAUUUAAUUCAACUCAUGUUUAUAAUACACCUCAAAAAUUUGAAUAAUAUCCAGUGGGGAUUAUAGAAUGAUAGGACUUAUUUAUCCCUGGACCUAACCAUUUCUAGAUGCUUCAUUCCCAGAAAGCCCAGCAGCGUCUCUACUUUCUGUGAAGACUGAAAAAAGUCCAUCUUCCACUCCCCAUCCUCACCACAUUCCAUAGAGGGUGUGGCGAGAGUAUCCUGAGCGGCUGCAUUACUGCCUAGUUCGGAAAUUGCACCGUCUCAGAUCGCAAGAUGCUGCAACGGAUAGUUAGGUCAGCUGAAGGGAUCAUUGGGGUCUCUUCCUGCCAUUACAGACAUUUAACACCACACGCUGCAUCCGCAAAGCUAACAGCAUUGUGAAGGACCCCACACACCAGUCAUAUAAACUCUUCUUCCUCCUGCCAUCUGGCAAAAGGCACCAAAGCAUUCGGGCUCUCACAACCAGACCGUGUAACAGUUUCUUCCCCCAAGCCAUCAGACUCCUCAAUUCCCAGAGUCUAGUCUGACCCACACACACACACACCACUCCCUUUGCAAUUUUUGCUCAUUCCUUUCUCAAUUCUUGCUAAAACAUUGUUUACAUUUACAUCAUUUAUUAUUAUAUUGUAAUUUGUUCUUUACUGUGCCUAUUGUCUUUAUUAAUUAUUGUACUGUCUUGCACGGUUCUGUGCACUUUAUGUAGUCCCGUGUAGGCCUGAAGUCUAAUGUAGUUUUGUGUUGUUUCAUGUUGUCUAAUAUUGUGUUGUUUCAUGUAGCAUCAUGGUCCUGGAGGAUCGUUGUUUCAUUUUUACUGUGUACUGUACCAGCAGUUAUGGUUGAAAUGGCAAUAAAAGCGACUUGACUUGACAAUGCCUCAUGGUUAUACUGCAAAUUAUUGACCGAAAUGGAAGAAUUGUGUCUUGGUAUGAAGACCACUAGGAAGAUCCAUUAUUGUUCACUUUCAUAUUGCUUCCUGCUGAGGUUGCUGGCAAUGUUGCAUGUUCUGUUGAAUAGCUCAGUGUGGUAUUAUUUGAUAUACAUCAAAAGGUUUUCAUUCUGAAAGAUGCCAGAAGACAUCGGAAAAGGAAAAAAAUUCAGAAGUCCAAAUAGGGCCAAAUGAUCAUAAAAGGGGAGCGGAGGCAAAGAUGGCAGCACGAUGCAGUGUGCGCGGCCACUCCGAAAUGAUAUCGUAUUUGUUAAGUAGGAGGCCGUGCACAAUCUUGAUUUGACAUGAGAA